UACUAAAUGUCAAGAUAUAAAUGACAGUCUUAUUACCACUGUUGCAUACCAAACAGUUACAAGCAUCCCGAGAUCCUUCAGGAAAUCGCUCAUAUAAAUUCUCAGUACAGAAAACUCGAUUUCAGUUUUUUUUGCGAAUAUUUUCACAUUUUUUCUAUUUUUUUCUAUAUCGAAAAACAGCACAUUCAGCUAUAAUGGUUAACAAAGUUGCAAUUAUCAUUUACUCCACUUACGGACACAUUGCUCAACUUGCUGAGCAAGAAAAACUCGGUGUCGAGGCUGCUGGCGGCCAUGCAACUAUUUAUCAAGUUCCCGAGACACUCCCAGACGAGAUCCUUGAGAAGAUGCAUGCUCCUAAGAAGCCCGACUACCCAUUGGCAACGUUGGACGUGUUGAAGGAACACAAUGCAUUCAUCUUCGGUUUCCCAACCCGUUAUGGAGCACCUCCCGCCCAAUUCAAGGCCUUUUGGGACGCUACUGGUGGCCUCUGGGCCACUGGCGCUCUUCACGGCAAGUACUUCGGUGUUUUCGUGUCAACGGGAACCCUGGGAGGCGGCCAGGAGGCAACAGUGAUGAACUCACUGUCUAACUUUGUUCACCACGGCAUGAUCUUCGUGCCCUUGGGUUACAAAAACACCUUCCCCUACGCUUCCAACUUGGACGAAGUCCACGGUGGCAGCGCCUGGGGUGCUGGCACAUUCGCUGCUGCCGAUGGCUCUCGUAGCCCCACUGAGCUUGAGUUGACGGUUGCAAAGAUCCAGGGCCAGUCGUUCUACCAGACCGUUGAUGAAAUUUAGAAGCAUUCAAAGUUUCUUAGCAUUUGACCCUUUGUAAUAGUAAUGUAAAUGAUACAUAAUGAACUGUACAGAGAUGGGACAGACGAGAGCAUAGUGCAG